AUGUCAAGCCAUUUAACCGUGUAUCAGACGAUCAACCCAGCCAAUGGGGAGCUGAUCAAGACCUUUCCGACGACCACAGAUGCAGAAGUGUUCGCCGCCCUCGACACGGCCCAUGAGGUCUACCAGAAAGACUGGAGACGCCGAUCCGUGGCUGAGCGGUGCAAGAUCAUGGGCAAGGCUGCCGCACUGAUGCGCGAGCGCAAACAAGAGCUGGCAGAGCUCGCUGUGCUGGAAAUGGGGAAACUCAUUGGCGGCAUGCUGGGUGAGGUCGAGUUCUCUGCUGCUAUUCUGGACUAUUACGCCCAAAACGGGGAGAAAUUCCUACAGACCAUUGAUCUGCCUGGUGUUCCUGGCGGGUACAUUGCCUCGGAGCCCAUUGGGGUGAUUCUGGCCAUUGAACCAUGGAAUUUCCCUUACUACCAGGUUGCUCGAGUAGCUGGUCCUCAGCUCGUUGCCGGCAACCCAGUCAUACUCAAACACGCAGCGAGCGUGCCACAGUGCGCCCUCGCCCUCGAGAAGAUAUUCCUUGACGCCGGAGCACCAACUGGUGUGUACACGAACCUAUUCUGCUCCAUUCCCCAAGUCAACGCCCUCAUCGCCGACUUCCGCAUUCGGGGCGUAACCCUUACCGGCAGUGAACGCGCGGGCGCAUCGGUGGCUGAACAGGCCGGUCGCCAUCUCAAAAAGGUCGUCCUGGAACUGGGAGGUUCAGAUCCACUCAUCGUCUUGGAGGAUGCACCGCUCGAUCAAGCGAUCGACGUCGCAGCCGCGGGUCGCAUGAUGUGUAUGGGUCAAGCUUGUGCCUCCAUCAAGCGAUAUAUCAUUGUGGGUAAGGAGCGAGGCCAGGAGUUCCUCGAGGGAGUCAAGGCAAAGUUUGAAGUAAUGAAGCCUGGUGACCCAAAGGAUCCAGCAACGACUCUUGGUCCGCUGGUCUCCGAACCCGCCGUCGAGAACCUCCUGACUCUCAUCAACGAGGCCAAAGCUGCCGGUGCCACAGUGGUCCUGGGUGGAAAGCGUAUCGACCGUCCGGGCAACUACCUAGAGCCUACACUUAUCACGAACGUGUCUCCAGACAACCCGCUAUUCACGAAGGAGGCUUUUGGUCCUGUGGCUACUCUGUACGUCGUCGACACCGAGGCGGAGGCUAUCGAACUCGCCAACGCCACAACAUUUGGUUUGGGUUCAUCGGUAUUUUCCUCCAACGUGGAGCAUGCAAAGAAAGUUGCGGCAGAGAUCGAGGCCGGUAUGGUCUUUAUCAAUUCGGCCGUCAAUUCUGGUCCAGGUGUGCCGUUUGGUGGUGUGAAGAAUUCUGGGUUUGGACGAGAGCUGAGCGAGCUCGGGAUCCAAGAGUUUUUGAACAAGAAGCUGAUCCGGGUUCAUGAGAAGUGGCUGUAA